AUGCCAUCCUCCUCCGUGCUCAGGACCGUGGCCAUUAUGGCGGCGAUUGUCCUUGUGACGGCGACGGGCGGCUUCCAGGGCGUGCUUGGUUCCUGCCAUGGGCAGGAGGAAGCUGAGGGCUCAUGCAGCGCAAUUUACCGCCAGUGUUCCGCCGCAUCCCUCGCCCAAGUGUGCGGACACAGCGAUGACGACCUACCGCUGAGCUUUGGUCACUCAUUUUGUCAAAGGUUUGAGCGCGGAUUCAACGACUUCACUGGGCGUGGCCGGCGGUGGCCGUUGCCGCACAUUGAGCGCGACAGAGUUGAGUCGCACCUGUCAUGCUACACACAGGCAUCAAAGAACGCCUGCAACCUCCGUCGGAGUGACAGGCAGCUGAUCUUCGACAUCGUGAGGAACGCGUACAAUGAAUUCCAGACGACCUCCACGAUUCGUCAAGGUCUGCAAACGGCGUUCAGUUGCCUCGGGUCCUUCGGAGCACCCAACAACAGGCAUCAGCAAGUCAAGCCUCUGUACGGGGCUGCGGGACUUCUUCAACAACUGAUUGAUGCCUUGACUCGACGGUCAGUACCGUCCAUCUCUGCUUCGAUGGCCAAGUCUGUGGAACAGCAGCUGGCUCAGCAGCUGGGCAUCACGCCUGAAAGCAUUCACAUCACCGUGAAAACCAUGGGUACCGCCACCAACAUCUUCAGCGACCUUGCCAGCAACAUGACGAACGCAAACGCCACAGCACGCGCCCAGGAUGCUGAUGACUCUGGGCCCCACUUUGCGGUUGUCAUUGACAUCUCCGAUGCGCAAGGGCAUGCGGACAG